GCCUUUGACUGCUCCCCCUCGCCAUAUUCGCCGCGAGCUCGCCAGUCCCCUGUGUCCCCUGCGCGCGAGGCGCUGACCGGCAUGGCGUGAACUCACCCGCCCUCUCCGUCACUUUCGUUUUUCCCCGCCCGCCUCUCCUCUCUCUCUCUCUUUGCCCGUCUCAAUCGCCAACCCUACUAACCGCAUGCUCGCCACGCCCAAAGCGAGCGAGUCACCAUCGCCGCGAGGCGGCACGAAGGCGUCGAUAAGCUUUAAUCUCCUAGGACGAGCCUGCGCGGCCCUGGAAAGAGCGACUUUGAAAUGAGCGGCCCUGAACCGAACGGCCUUGUGCUGAGACCGAAUGAGCCGCUCGGCGCGCAGCAGGCGGCGAUGAUCUUCGUGAGGCGGCCCGUGCCGGGGCGCGUGAAGACGCGCCUCGCUGCAGCCGUGGGACCCGAAGCGGCGUGCGACUUCUACCGCGCGUGCUGCGAACACGUGGUCUCCGCGAUCGCGCGCUGCCCCGACCUGCAGGCAUCCACACAUAUCUUCAUCUUCUUCUCUGAGCCGUCGGAUGAAUCCGAGAUCAAGCGGUGGAUGCACGGAUUGCUGCCAUCUCCGAACUCCCUCCGCUUUGUGUCUCAGGUAGCGGGAGACGUGGGUGCUCGCAUGCAAGCUGCCUUCCAGCACGUGCUGGCCCUUGGAUACCACAGGGUGGUGGUGGUUGGAACGGACAUCCCUGAUGUGAGCGGCGCCACUGUGGCGGCUGCGCUCUCUGCUCUGCGGCAGCACGGGGUGGUCUUUGGGCUGGCUCUGGAUGGCGGAUACUACCUGCUCGGCCUCACAGCAGUGCGGCCGUGCCUCUUCAAUGCCAUCGACUGGAGCACUGAGAGGGUGCUUCAGCAGUCCCUCGCCGCCCUCCGUGCCAGCGGGGUGGCCGACGUGGCACCGCUGGACUCCCUCCCCCACCUGAGGGACAUCGACACUGUUCGCGACCUCGCAGCCUGGCUUGCGGACAAACUAGCGGCGCGUGACAAUGAGGGUGCCGUCAGUGCCGUGGGGGCAGGAGCUACACUGAGUGAUUGUAGAAGGCUAGGGCAUGAGGGGGAUGAAGUGCUCAGAGCAGGGAAUGCUGGAGUGCGUUCAACAGAUAUUCCUGGCUGUGCGGCCGUAGCGAAGGCUGGGGAGGAGGUGAGAGUGGUGCAGGAAGCUCAGGGAUUAACUUCGGAAGUUGCGAGAAUUCUCAGCCAAACGAGCGUACCGUACUAGUAUGAGAAUUCAGAGUAACAGAAUAUGAAACGAGGACCUUGACGUGAUGGGCCAAAUCAUGUCUAUAUGGGUUUUUUUCUCACAUUG